UGCCAGCUAACUUGUGAUUGGUGCGUCAGUCUGGACAAUAUGAAUGGCAACAUGUAUUGUUGUUCGACGUCUUCCCAGGACAAUCGCAACUUUUGUCGCUUCAAACUCCGGCAACAGUUUUUCCUCUCACCGGUUAACCGACAGACGUCGGUGGUCGGUGGUCGGUAGUUAAACCGAGCACAUGAAGAGGAGUUAGUGACGGAUAAACCGCGUCGAAAGAAGCUAACCGUUAAACCGAGAGUCUCCGUCCGGGCUGGGCUGGAGAGAUGGGGGAUCCGGAUCCUCCAGAGUUUGGGUCCCUGGAGGAAGAGCUGGAGUACUGGAAGGAGCAAGCAGCGAGGCACCAACAGAGUGCGGAGGAAGCUCAGGAGGAGCUGCAGGAGUUUCAGCAGAUGAGUCGAGACUACGAGGUGGAGCUGGAGACGGAGCUGAAACAGUGCGAGGCACGAAACCGUGAGCUCCUCGCCGCCAACAACCGCCUGCGGAUGGAAGUGGAGAACUACAAGGAGAAGUACGAGACGCAGCACUCGGAGGCGUACCGGCAGAUCUCCAGCCUGGAGGGCGACCUGGCCGAGACGACGGCCAUCAGAGACCAGCUUCAUAAAUACAUCAGAGAGCUGGAGCAAGCCAACGACGACCUGGAGAGGACCAAGAGGGCGACCAUCAUGUCGCUGGAGGACUUUGAGCAGAGGAUGAACCAGGUGAUCGAGAGGAACGCCUUCCUGGAGAGCGAGCUGGACGAGAAGGAGAACCUCUUGGAGUCGGUGCAGAGGCUGAAGGACGAGGCCAGAGAUCUGAGGCAGGAGCUCGCCGUGCAGCAGAAACAGCAGGUUCAAGACAGGAAGCCGUCCCUCAGCAGUGCAGUCAAAGAGCCUUCAUCCACCACCACCACCUCCUCAUCUCUGGCCGGUUUACCCACCCCACCCCUCACUCCUCCAGACAAAAGAACAGAGGACAAAGCCUCCUCUAACCAGCCCACCCCCUCUGCAGCCACACCAUGCAGACCUCCAGCAGACUGCUUCACCACCCCGGUGGCCUCCAUCAGCAGAGGUGAAAGCGUCUCCGGCACUCCUCUCACCACGUCGGCGAGGAUCUCGGCCCUGAACAUCGUCGGAGAGCUGCUGAGAAAAGUCGGAAAUCUGGAGUCCAAGCUGGCGUCGUGUCGUGAGUACGUCCACGAGCAGACGGUGAACCGCAGAGGCAAUGCCAGUGGACAGGCGGCGGCGUCCAGCCAGAACAACUCCUUGGAGACUCAUCCUACGAACGGCCUCUACAACAAGGGGCUGGUGAAGAGGUUAGACUUCGGAGCGGGACCCAAACUGCUGCUGUGAAACUGAAAACCACCUCCGUGCUGCUCCGUCCUUCCUGUCCAUCUGGCCCGGACCUCCCAAACAUUUAACGGUACCGUGUGCUGCACAUCAUACGGGCCGCUCAGUGGGUACUCUGGGAUGUCCAUUAACCAGCUGAACUCGACACAGUUACAGUUCGGUUUGUUUACCAGCAGUACUUCUCUUCAGCACUCGCACUUAGCUUGAAUUCAUUUACCGGACUCGUGCUGCAUGUCAACACUUUUUGUUUUUGUUUGUUUCGCUCAUAAGUUGUGUUAAGACUGAAACAUGAAGCGAGAUCACGCACAUGAAAAACCAGAUUCAGGUUCACGAUGAGUCAAAGACGGAUCACAUUUGAAGCAACGGAAAGAUGGAGAACAUGGAAACCUCAGAGAUACCCAGGUCACAUUUUUGGAUUCAGACUCCCGAUCAUCUCCGAGCGAUACCAGCCGAUACCGAAGACUCCUCACUCCUCCUGAGGAUCUGGUUGGAAGUGAUCAACAACUGUCCAGCAGUCUGACCUGGUCUGUUGUAGACCACGUUCUGGACGUCCAGAGAAACGCUUGAUCUCAACUUGAACCGGAGCGUUCAAUGCGAUACGGGAUCAAUAAAUCCACGUUUACGUUCGCUUUGUCGCCUUCUUUACUGAAAGGAUUCUGCUGUAUGGCAGCACUCUGUGUCUGCACAGUUGCCUUAAUGGAGAGGUUAAGAUCUGCGAGUACAUACAAUGUGCUUCAUUGAUCAGUUUUCGCAGUUGGCUCCUGAAUAUCGGCUGAUAACGUUCGGUAACAGAUCGAUCUGAUCAGAACAACGACACACUCAAAAUGGUCCCAUUUACUCUUCAUGUCACGUUAUUUUACAGUCCAGAAGGCGGCGUAGACGAACCUGGAGCUGUUCAGUAACUCUUCAAAGGCACUUUAGCAGCUUCAUUACACAGUUUAAACGUUUUAUUGUCUGACAGAUUUUCAGUCUGUCUCGGACGUUUCGUGGACGUGUUAACACUUCGGAUCCGUCCAAGUUAAAGGCUACAUGUAAGUGGUUUUACCUGCUGUACUCGCGUUCGUCUGCUAAAACACUCAAACCUGAGCGAUCAAACCAAAGUCAGACUGUGCUUUAUGUUUGGUUUGAACACAUCUUUGGAGCGUCGGAGUGCUGAACACUGGAAGGACACUUUUAUCUUCACAAGAGAGUUUUU